AUGUCGACUGAUCCAAUCGUGCCGUUGGACAUAGUGAAGGGUCCUAAGAGGUCCUUUCUCAAGACAGAGCCCUCAGGUCUAUUGAAAGACUUGCGUACAUCAAGAUCGAUACUGGAAAAGAUUUUACUGGUUACUCUGGGUAUUAUCACCAUUAUUGUCAGGGCACAUGGUUUAUCAUAUCCUGAUAGUGUCGUUUUCGAUGAAGUCCACUUUGGUGGGUUUGCCUCUGAGUAUAUCAAAGGUACGUUCUUCAUGGACGUUCAUCCACCUUUAGCAAAAAUGUUAUACGCUGGUGUUGCAUCGUUGGCUGGUUUUGACGGCAGUUUCGCUUUUGAAGCCAUUGGUGACAAAUUUACAACUUCUACGCCUUAUGUAGUAAUGAGACUAUUCUCUGCUACUUUGGGAUCUGUAACCGUUUUCUUACUUUAUUUUACUUUGCGUCUAUCUGGUGUCAGAGUUUGGGUAGCUUUCCUAACUGCCCUUGGGUUUGUCGUUGAAAAUUCAUUCGUUACCAUAAGUCGUUACAUUUUACUAGAUUCCCCAUUGAUCUUCUUUAUCGCACUCGUUGUAUAUUCUUUCAAGAAAUACGAAAUUUUCCAAACUGAUUCUCUUCUGUCUUACAAAGCUUUACUAUCGACGGGCAUCGCAUUAGGCUUUGCCACUUCUUCUAAAUGGGUCGGUCUUUUUACCCUAGCAUGGGUAGGGCUCCUUUGUAUCUGGAGACUUUGGUUCAUGAUUGGUGAUCUAACAAAAUCUGUGUCACAAAUUUUGAGAGUGGCUAUUGCUAAAUUGUUAUUUUUACUUGUCGUCCCAUUUAUAUUAUACUGUGCUUUCUUCCAAAUUCAUUUCCAUGCUUUACGUUUGGAUUCUGAUGGAUCCAGUUUCUUUUCGCCGCAAUUUAGAACCACUCUACAGGGUAAUAGCAUUCCAAGUGACAUUCAAGCAGAAGUAGGUGUAACUUCAAAAGUGACUCUACGUCAUCUAAAUACAAUGGGUGGAUAUUUACAUUCUCAUUCCCAUCUUUAUCCUGCAGGCUCUCAACAACAACAAGUCACUUUAUAUCCACAUUUGGAUCAAAACAACGACUGGAUCAUUGAAUCGAAUCUUCUAUCUGGGUUCAGUACCUCAAAAUUUGUUAAUAUCACAGAUAAUAGCGUGAUUAGAUUAUUCCAUGAAUCUACGCAUUGCAGGCUUCAUUCUCAUGAUCACAAGGCGCCAGUUUCCGAAGGCAGUGAUUGGCAGAAGGAAGUUUCAUGUUAUGGCUACACUGGCUUUGAAGGUGAUGCAAAUGACGAUUGGGUCGUAGAAAUUGAUCAAGACGCUUCAAAACCUGGUAUCGCUCAAAAGCAAGUCAUUGCUAUUGAUACAAAGUUUAGAUUGAGACACGCUUCGUCCAAAUGUUACUUAUUUUCCCAUGAAGUCAAAUUACCAGAUUGGGGCUUCGAACAACAAGAAGUGACAUGUGCAUCUUCAGGUAAAGCUCAUUUAUCUUUAUGGUACGUGGAAAAUAAUGAACACCCAUUAUUGAAUGAAACUUCUGUUCAUGUCUCUUAUGAAAAACCAGGAUUCUGGGCUAAAUUCGUAGAAUCUCAUGAAAAGAUGUGGAACAUUAACAAAAAUUUGGUAGAAUCGCAUAUAUAUGAAUCAUUGCCAAAGGAUUGGCCAUUCUUAUUACGUGGUAUCAGUUACUGGGGUGAGGAAAAUAGAGCUGUAUAUCUAUUAGGUAAUGCGAUUAUGUGGUGGUCUGUGAGUGCCUUUAUUGUACUAUUUGUCGCCAUUGUUUUCGUUGAAUUGAUCUCUUGGCAAUUAGGUUAUGGAUCUUUCAUACAAGAAAAACAUAUUUUCAACUUCCAUGUUCAAGUCAUCCAUUAUCUAUUAGGUUUCGCAGUUCAUUACGCUCCAUCUUUCUUAAUGAAACGUCAAAUGUUUUUACACCAUUACUUACCGGCUUACUAUUUCGGUAUCCUUGCUUUAGGUCAUGCGUUGGACAUUGUGGUCUCAUAUGUGUUCAAGAAAAGGAGAUACGUUGGCUACUCCAUAGUCGUGAUUUUCAUUGUUGGCUGUGCGGUAUUCUUCAAUCAAUUCAAACCGCUUAUUUAUGCUAGUAAAUGGACUAAUUCAGAAUGUACCAAGAGCCAAUGGUUAGUCAACUGGGACUAUAACUGUGCUACGUUCCCGGACUCCAUUUCUGACUAUCCAUCCUUGGAUGCCAACAGAAUUCGCGGGGCAAUGGCCACACCUACAGCAACUAAAGACGAAGAUGCAGGUGUUAUUGAAGAACUUAAUGAAGAAAAUGUCAACCAACUGCUAUAA